UGAAGCGGCACAUUUCUCGGCAUCCGAAUGAUCGCAAAUUAAAAGCUUCUUGCCUAAGCGAUUGCAAUACAGACUGCAUAUAGUAUAGUGAUGCAAAGUUCGACGGUGCGUUAAUGAAGUGUGCAAAUCAUGGGUCGCGGGAGCGCAAACGCAUCAUCCACAUUUCCGGGGCGCUCUCGUAAAAACAGCUAUUACUUAAGGGAGACUUCAGAAAAGGAAAUUUUGCCACCGUACUUUUGGAGAUUCGUCCAAGGGUUUGGUGUACUACCCGCAAAUUACAUUAAAAAUACCGACAAUUUAUUGCGUCCAAGAACACUCAACCGUUGUUUAUUGGCUUGGUCGAUCGUAUUGGUCUGCUUGAUUGCUGUUUAUAUGGUUAUCCGUGUUGGAAAUUAUGCGGACUUUUACAGAAAAGAGCUGAAAGAGUUGGAAUUUUUCACGCUGAUCCAUUUUAUGUGUUUCGUGUCAGCACAGUUGCAGGUUAUUUUGAUUUUGGUCAUCAUAUGCUUCAAAGCCAAACACAUUCCUGGAUUAUUGUAUAAACUGCAGCAACCCUUGCUCUGGUACAAUGAAGACAACGAAAUCAGAAAUUCCCGAUGGCCGAAAGUGGUGUCGACUACCGCCAUGUUAUGGAUUCUAAUCAGCGUUGCUCUGCCCUUUGCUUCUAUACGUUUCGCAUUAGAACUGUGGAAUAUGUUUGAUGAGGCAUUCGAGUAUUCCCGAGACGACCCGGAUAAUCCUUCGCAAAUGAAUUUUUUCGGUUUACUGAAAGCGCCUGAAUUAGUGUGGGUUGUUUUGGAUGCGGUGCAAACAGCACUCAUUUUGUCGAUUACGAAUGCCAGCCAGAUGUUGACCUUUGUCAUUGUCCUCGCUAUCGGACGAGGUUUUGCACAUCAAGCGCGCCAAAUAUGUGACAAAACGGAAGUUUUCAACUCCGCACCGGAGUCGUGGAAGUUGUGCCGCAAUAACGUCGGGAAACUGCUGGAGUGUGUGGCAGCGUGCAACGAUAUUUUUGGCUGGAUUAACCUGAUUGUUUGUGUACAAGACUUACUGAACCUGAUCAAUUAUAUGGAUUUAUCUCUGCAGCAGACCGUUAAAGAAGCGGAAGAUAAUGAAGAAGAGGUGUAUGUGAAGUUCUAUGACCGACAAAUUCUCCGCGUACAAAACGCCGUUCCGUUUGGCAUUUCCGUAAUUAAUCUGGGUCUCCGCUUUGCGGUUUGCAGUUAUUGUCAGGAACAGGGGCAAAAUGUAGGUGUCCUUGCCGAAAGGUGUUCCUUGGAAUCCAGCGACGAUAGCAUUCGCAACGAAUGUCGUUUAAUCCAGCUGGCCACAUUACGCGUUAAUGGAAGCACUGUUAUCACUGCUGCCGGCUUUGCCUCCUUGACCAAAGAAUAUUUUGCAGCUUUGUUCGGACUAGCCUUAACUUAUUUCAUUCUCAUCUACCAAGCCCGGGACAUCAAACAGGACAUGCUUCAUUCACGGAAUCGUAUCGUAGAGGAUUUGAAGCACGACAUUCGUCGUCUGAUCAACGGCUCAAGAUCAUCGAAAUCCGAUCUUCGUAAUCUGCCAGCCUACUUUGUCGACAGUUUUGGGACACGUCAUUGAUAAAGUUUAUUAACUUGUACACAACUCCAGCUGAAAAGUGCAGCUCAGAUUAAUCUACCAAAACAUAUACUG